CAGUUGUUGGACAAGCUAGCGAGUGGUAAUAUUACUUCUGCCGGACAGGAAGAUACCUGCGAGACCUGUGCGGUCAGAAUAUGUUUAUAAUCUGUUAAUAAUUAAGACUAUCAGUACUGGACAUGUGUAGCCUCGGCACGGCUCCUUAGCGCUAACGUUAGCCGCGGAAACAUGCUCCCUACUCGGAGUGUGACGCCUGUUUUUUUCCUGGCUGCUGCUGGUCUAUGGUUGUGAUGCGAGCCGAGUUGCAGCACGACAGAGGGUGAGACAAGAGCUACAGCCGGAAAAAUAUUUGUCUUGACACAGAAGAAUGGACUUUGUAGGGGAGAAACACACGGGCUCACGUAAAGAGGCAGGCAUGCGACCUUACACGGGCCUGGACGUCAUUUUUGGGCAAGAACUUUAGCAAGCUAGCGAACAUUAGCUCGGUCAAAUUCAUGCAAAUAAAUCGGUUUGGUGUCGGACAGUAAGCUGACUUUGCUAGCAUAAUGGAGACUCCCUGAGUGGCUGGUUCGUUUCAAUUGACUGUCCUGUUCCUUAAAAUACUGCUGGCAAUGUGCUGACGACCGGUGAGCCUUUCUUCGGUUCCCAUUUGGAGCAAUAGGACACGGUUGGCAGAUUUCUUUUUUUAAGUGGUGACCUGGGUGAUAGUUGAGUAAAGUUGUCUAGUUUGGCAUAUAAAUAACUAUUGAAACGGUAUCUAUUUCACACAGGUAUCAUAUUUUUCUUGUUUUAAUAUUUUAAAACAAGAAAGUGACUUUGGCCCAUUUUUAAAGAUGGGCCAAAGUCACUUGUGAUUUGAGGUUUGUGAAAACUAUACUUUAAUUCACCCGCAGUACAGAAAACAAGUGACAAUUCAUUUUAUGAAUGCACUUUAAUAUAAUUUGGUGAAUAAAGGACCAGGAUAGGUGCACAUCUACAUAUAUUAUUGUGAGACAAAGGCCAGAGACAGGCUUAUCCAUGUCAGUUGGUUCCUAGUUACUGUUUAACUCAAUAUCUAGGCUGUCUGGCACAGUUAAAGACCGAGUUUCACUGGAAAUGAAAACAUGAGUAUCGAAGAGCAGUGUUUGGAUUUGUGCAAUGUCAAAACAAAAAGCAAUGUGGAUGAUGAUCACAAUACUACCAACAACACAGAAGGGGUCACCCCCCGCAUCUCAGAACUGAUGACGGACAGUAACACAGAAAAACCAAACACUGUUCCCACAGAGGCCUCCGAAGCAUAUCUGAUGCCGCAGCUCACUGACAACCUUCAGGCGGCUGAGGAGGAUAACUACCAGUCACAAGACACACUGGCAAUUGACGAGGUCAAUGGAAAUACAAAGUGCAGUGCCCAAGACGCCCCUGCAGUAGUGAAUCAAACUGACUUGAUCUUUUCUAAUGAUGAGCAGCACAAGGACGUUGUUGGGGUGGAGGAAAUGAAAGAUCUUAAGGACAAUGAUACCAAGUGUGUCAUGGACAAAGGGGAUGAUGGUGCGGACAUGGACAUAGGUGUUGAUCUGAGUCUUGACGAGAGCGGGGUGCUGGAGGCUGAGUCGACAAACGUCAGCUCAUUCUCAGACAAUGCUUUAGACUCAGAGUCCACAUCUCAGGAUGUCCCAGCUCGCAACUCGGCAGAGAGCCCGCCAAAUAUGAGCCAGACAAGCAGCACAGAAGCUUCUGCCACAGACCAGGCUGGACUGUACCCCUCAGUGGAGGAGGGGGAUGAUAAACCCAAACCAAGUGGCAAAAGGGUGAAGUUUCCCUCAGAUGAGGAUAUUAUCUCUGGAGCAGUAGAGCCCAAGGACCCCUGGAGACAUGCUCAGAAUGUGACGGUGGAGGAGAUCCUCUCUUCCUACAAACAGGCCUGUCAGAAACUCAACUGUAAACCCAUACCCAAAGUGCUCAAACAGAUACAGGAACUGAAGGACCUGACACAGCGAAAUGAAUGCUUAGAUCUAAAAGGUGAGAAGCUGGACUACAAAGCUUGUGAGUCUCUGGAAGAGAUUUUGAAGAGGGUCCAGUUUAAAGUGAUAGACCUGGAGCAGACCAACCUGGAUGAAGAUGGUGCGUCAGCUCUGUUUGACAUGAUUGAGUAUUACGAGUCGGCCACACAUCUCAACAUCUCCUUCAACAAGCACAUCGGCACGCGGGGAUGGCAGGCUGCAGCUCUCAUGAUGAGAAAGACAAGCUCUCUGCAGUAUCUGGAUGCACGUAACACUCCCCUGCUGGACCACUCGGCUCCCUUUGUAGCACGGGCGCUCAGGAUUAGUGGCAGCCUGGCCGUCCUCCACCUGGAGAAUUCUAGCCUGUCUGGCAGACCGCUCAUGUUACUGGCUACGGCUCUCAAGAUGAAUAUGAACUUGCGGGAGUUGUACCUGGCAGAUAAUAAGCUCAAUGGCCUGCAGGACUCAGCCCAACUUGGCAACUUGCUCAAGUUCAACUACAACAUACAGAUCCUGGACCUGCGCAACAACCACAUCCUAGACUCUGGUCUGGCCUACGUGUGUGAAGGACUAAAGGAGCAGAGGAAAGGCCUCGUCACUCUGGUGCUAUGGAACAACCAGCUCACACACAACGGCAUGGGCUACCUCGCUGCUGCACUGCCAUGCACCCAGAGUCUGGAGACUCUGAACCUCGGCCAUAACUCGGUGGGUAACGAAGGCAUCCAUAAGCUGAAAGACGGACUGAUUGGCAACCGUUCUGUGCUCAGACUGGGCCUUGCUUCUACCAAACUGUCAUGCGAAGGAGCUGUGGCCGUGGCUGAGUUCAUCGCCGAGAGCCCCAGACUGCUGCGUCUCGACCUUCGAGAGAAUGAAAUCAAGACUGGCGGACUGAUGGCUCUGUCGCUCGCCCUGAAAGUCAACACCUCUCUGCUGCGUCUCGACCUUGACCGGGAGCCCAAGAAAGAAACUGUGAAGAGCUUCAUUGAGACACAGCGCGCCCUGCUGGCUGAAAUCCAGAAUGGCUGCAAGAGGAACUUUAUCCUGGCUAAGGAGAAGGAGGAAACAGAGCAGAACAUGAGGCAUUCGGCAUCCAUGGCUGAAAUUGCCACAGAGGACGGGACCAGAGAAGAAGAGGAGGAACCAGCGCCAGAAGAGAAAGGGAACAAAGAGGAGAAAGAGGGAGAGGAAGUGAUAGAAGGUGAAACAACAAGAAAUGAAGCACAGACGAGCAGCCAGUCAGGAGCGAGCUCUGAGAUGAGCGUUCCUCAAGUGAUCCUGGAGUCGGACUCGGACACAGAGGAUGAGGAAGAGGAGGUAGUAACGAAGUCUUCUUCCACGUCAAACUACUCCACUCGCUUAAACCAGACUGCUCCUCAAACCCAGACAGUUGUUGCACAGCCCGUCCUCAGUGCCUCACAUACACCCUCCUCCCCAUCUGCCUCACCUGCUGGUGGGCCAAGUGUCAUAUCCGGCAUCACCGUCAGAGAAUCCGCAGCUCCUUCCGGCACCCCUCCAUCUCCUGGUCGCUGUAUAUCUGUCUCUAGUCCAGGGAGGGGUCAUAAGAUCUUCAUGGUAACUCGAGUGGAGAGCCCCCCUGAGCAGCAGCAGCUACAGUUUCAGAUAAAUGCACCUGCAGCUCCCAGCCAGGUUAAAGAGGUCUCAAAGAAGCCUGUAGUCGCACCCACAACACAGCAGACACAGACGCUGCCCUCAUCUCUAACACCUACGCAAACACAACAGGAGGACAUGAAGGAGUGCUCACCUGUUCCGUCAACAGACUGUAAACUGGCAGAGCAAAGUCCUGUAGCACACGUAGAGUCCGCACCAAAUACAACACAGACCCACAUACUUGAGCCACAGCCUACAAGUCAACCCACAGAAGAUGUAACAGCUAGCACUUUAGACCAGACAGAAGCGACAGAUCCAAGUCAACAAGCACCAGCUCUGCCUUCAGAUUCCUCAUCAGUGCAGGCUACGGCAUCUUCGCUCACUGACGAGGUAACAGAUAGCAAUGAAAGCCCACAAUCUGCGCCAACUUGUGUAGAAGGGAAAAAGGAAGGAGAGGAGGAAGGUCUUAUAAAAGAUGAGGGACGGGUGAUGUCCCCUGAUAGCACAGAAGGAGAGUGUAAACAGUUAGAUGAACUGAGGCAAACCCAGACUAGUAUCACUGCAGCAGAAACGCAGCAGAAGCCACGAACGUCUAACCUUGAACAGCUGCAGAAUGACCUAGCAUGUGCAUCAGAGGAGACCCAGGCACUGAACCAAACAGAGGAAGAAGAAGAAGAAGAGGAGGAGGAGUCACUUCCACCACAGGAGAAUCAAGACACACCAGCUAACUUGUCAGAAGAUGAAAAACCCAGUUUAACAGAGAAAGAAUACAGCCAGCAAACCCAAGAGGAACCAUGUCCAAAGCAGCAAACAGAGGCAGAUGAACAGGAAGUAGAGCCUGUUCUCGCUGUCCAGACUGAUCAACAAGCACCAUCUGUCACUCAGGGUGGAGCUCUGGACUCAAAUCCUCCAGAAACUUCAAAGAGUCCAGAGCCUGCCUCCACUGGGUCUGUGUCCCCGGUCGAGGGGGAGGAUUCACCGGAUGAGAGCUCCGCAGACGAGGACGAGUGUUUUGCUGAGGCUCCGGAGGAGGUGUCCAGUUCAGCUCUUCCCAACGGCCUGAAGCCCGAGUUCUCCCUCCAUCUUCUCGAAGCUGAAAUCCCCAAGCCCGGUAGCUGUGUGAUGGAGCAUGUGAGCGUCAGCUGUGGACAAGACCUGGAGGAGCUGCUGCUAGAAGCCAGUUUGGAGACAGGGAGAGAAGCACCAUGAGGCUGUAAGGGACUGAUGACCGGAGAAAACGACACCCAGAGACUUUGUCUGGCUCUACUACAUGAGUGGUUGCUCUAUGUUUUCGUCAUUUCUUUAUCUUUACCACCAACACAACUUUUUUUCAUAAAGGACAGAAGACCCGAUGUUACAGUUGAAGCUCUACAAGAAAAUACAAGGAAAUUAAGGAAAAACACAAAAAGAACAUCAACGUCUCGAGCUUGGCUGUGACAAAGAAUCUAUAUCCACACUACAUCAACCACUGAAUCACACAUACACAUGCACAUUGUGAGGAAGAAAGGGGAAAAAUAAAAUCACCCUGUUAUCACUACAUUUUGUCAAUCUGCGAUCUUUACAAACAAGCAGCCGCCUGUGAGUGGGGAAAGAAGUGAGACAGGGGACAAAGGAGGGAGGAUAAAACACUAACCAAAGACGGAACACAGACUUCUCAUGGCCCUACCUUUUCUCUUGUGUAGAUUUCCACUGUAGUUUCGGAAAAUAUCUAGAAGUUGAAGUUUUUGUCACAACACACACACACAAAGACAUGACGCUGAUAAUGAGAAAUGUGGGGUUGAUGGUACAGUUGGAAGACAAAAUAACUGACGGACCCCCUGCUGAGCGGACCUGCUAGCUUUAAACACUUGUACUAGAGGUGGAAGGAGGUCACCGUCAAAGGCUUUUAUAUCCAAGGAAGCUGAAGAUGAUUACAAGUCUGUUUAAAUGUCAAGUUUUAUGUCUGCGUCUCCAUACCCGACCAUUCUCCUCCUUCAGACACAAAAAAAAAAACCUCUUAAGGGACCUCUGCCCGAGUGACUUCUCCCUUGUCUGUUUCUCAUCCUCUGCUCACAUUGGCCCCUCAGGAAUUGGCGUCCCCCCUCCGGUCAGUCUCCUCAGAUAUGAUGCGGAGGAGCCGCAACUGUCUCUCCCGCCUGUCUCCGCUACAACAACAAAAAAAAAUUUAAAUCACUUUUGAAAGUCACAAAGUCGGAAGUUUGCUCCCAGCUGAAAAACUAAACUCCUGCUAAGUGUUGGAAAGCUAGAUGCUUCUGCUUUUUUGAGUUAUUUACAGUAAAACGAUCUUUAUUUUCCUCGACUCUAUUAUUGCUUUUGUUUGACCGUUUUUUGUUGUGUUUAACUGUUUCAAGAAAAGCAGCUCGGUCUCUGUCAUCAUCUCCCCUCUCCUUCCUCCUUUCCCUCUGUCUUCCACCGGUACUUUGUGCCAUCUCACCUCUCUGGCUCAUUAUUCAUGUUGCCUUCAACCUCACCACUUCAGAUUCAGUCUUUGUUUUGUUUUUUUGGCUGCUUUGAGAAAUCAGUUAUUUUGUAUUUAUUUUAUGGUUAUAUGAGCCUUCUGAUUUUUUUCCCAUUUUCUUCUUCACUCUACUCAUUUUAUCGUUUCUUUUCCAUUUGGGGGUGAAUUUUUAAAGAUUAACCCCAUUUUUGAUGUAUAUUUCAGAUUCAAACUAGAGCAGAUAUUUAGUUUUUGUUUAGUUUUUUUUGGGGGGGGGAGUAAUUUGUGUUGGAAGAAAAGGUAAAUAUUAUUGAAUGGUUGACUGGUGGCAGUCUGGGUGCAGUAAUGAAAGCAAACACAAGGAAGCAGCAAACAUAAUAGUUCACAUCAAAAAGUCCUUGUUGUUGUUUUAAUACUAGUCUGCUGGGUGAAGCUGUUGCCACAAGGGGGAGCUGGUGGUUGUGUUUUCCUACAGUGGCGACCAUACUAAAGGAUGUCACAGUCUGAACAGCAUCAACAGAUGUCUCUAUUCAUAUCCAGCUCCUGUCCUGAAUUUUCCAGGAGGAGGGAGUAAAACUUUACAUGAGAUGUCAGCUGCAUGUAUGUUGCAUUCAACCCUCCUGCUCCUCUCCACCCAACAGAUAGUUUGCCCCCACUGUUUGUUAUGCUUUAAUUUUUAGAGAUUUUUAAUAAUUUGUUAACUUAAUUGAAAUGUGCUGGUAAUCACAAAGAUCUGUAUGGCGAAAUUUGUUCCUCUCAAAUAAAUGCAUGUAAUGACUAA